GAGGAGCUCUUUUAUCAAUUGACCUGAGCCGCGCGUUCGACAUGGUGCCGCGCUGGGCUCUGUCAGCUUCGCUGCAUCGCGCUUCGGUUCCUGCAGACUUGCAUGAUCUCAUUCUUGACAUCCAUCAGGAUUGCCUGUAUCGCAUCAAAGUAGGAGAGCAGGAGCGGCAAUUUCUGAUGCAGCGCGGCAUCCGUCAAGGGUGCUCGCUGUCGCCAUUGUUGUUUGCCAUCUUCACGGGGUGGUUGUAUGAUGAGCUGUGUUCCCGUGUGGGGCAGGAAUGGGCCGACGAGUUUAUUACUCUGUAUGCAGAUGACUCCUUGCUGCAAUGGAUCAUCAACAGCACGGCCGAUCUUGACCAUAUGUGUAGGUGCAUCAGAUCUACAUUUGAUCUCCUUACAUCCACGGGGAUGCAGGUCAACGCGGCAAAAUCACAGCUGAUCAUACAAUUGCAGGGAGCCACUGGCAAGCGUUGGCUGAAAGCACAUCUGCAUCGUGCAAAGGAGGGCUUUACCGUUAGCGUGGGCACGCCUUCUCAUCCGAUUUAUCUCCCUCGAGUUAGUCACUUCACCUAUCUAGGCGUAGUGGCCUCCCUUGGUAGUUUCGAGAUGCAGACGUGCAAACAUCGGCUGCGGGCCGGAGCGCAGGUCAAGGACAUUCGCAUGCAUCACAAGACCAGCAUGGCCGGAGCGGAGGAGAUGGAGUUGGAUCAGUCCAGGGCGGCUCAGGCCCAGCUUCGCGAGGUGCUGGGCACAGCAACACCCUUCUCCUUUGGAGGGUCCGGAACAGCCAAGAAGUCGGAACGGGAGACAGAGGACGACAAGGACAUGCAGCCGGCGCCGAAGUUCCCGAGGGGGCAGAACAAAGGGGCCCAGGGUGGCAAGGGCUGGAAGGAGACCCAGACCUCCUACUCGGGCCAAAGCUGGUGGGGGAACAAGGCUCGAGGCAGCCAGGAGGAUCCCUGGGCGGAAGCG